AUGUCGGGUCCCUCGGCAAGUAGGACGCGUAUUCGAAGGGCACCAACGGGCUCGAAUGUGCGCUUUGACGAGCCCGAGCCGGAAGAGGAUACUUCCCCCUACCAACGCUUGAACAACCCGAAAAACCGCAGUGCUGCAGAGCAGAUUUUGGAUAGCCCGAAUGCCACGUAUGCCGCUCUCGGCGUACUGACAACUCUCGCUUUCGCCCUCCGCUUCUACAAGAUCAACAAUCCCGACCAGGUCGUAUUUGACGAGGUUCAUUUCGGCAAGUUCGCCGCCUACUACAUCCUCCGCCAAUAUUACUUCGAUGUCCACCCCCCACUCGCCAAACUCUUAUUCGGACUUGCUGGCUGGUUCGUCGGCUUCGACGGCCAUUUUAUGUUCGAGAACAUCGGCGACAACUACACGGAAAACCAUGUCCCCUACGUUGGCAUGCGUGCGCUCCCCGCCAUCCUGGGCAGUCUGACGGUUCCUAUCGUCUUCCUCAUCAUGAAGGAAUCUGGCUACUCGACUAUCGUAGCCUGUUUCUCUGCGAUUCUCGUCUUAUUCGACAACGGCCACAUUGCUCAGUCGCGUCUCAUUCUCUUAGACGCCACCUUGAUAUUCUUCAUGUCGCUUACCAUCUACUCAUACAUCCGCUUCCGCAAGCUUCGUUACCUGGAGUUCACUCCCGCAUGGUGGGGCUGGCUCAUUGCAACAGGAGUCUUCAUGGCGUGCACCUGGGCGUCUAAAGUCAACGGCAUUUUGACGGUCUUCUGUAUCGGCAUCGCCGUGCUUGUUGACCUCUGGGACAUAUUAGACAUCAACAAGGACCACAGGCACACGAUGGAAUACUUUGGCCGCCACUUCGCUGCGCGCGCCGUUGGUCUCAUCGUCGUGCCGCUGUUAGUUUACCUCACGGUCUUCUGGAUCCACUUCAAGGUCCUCAUUUACUCCGGCCCGGGUGACACCUUCAUGAGCCCGGAUUUCCAAGAGACCUUGAUUGGAAACGAGAUGCUCCUUCAGAGCCAAGAGAUUCACUACUUCGACGUGAUCACUAUGCGCCACAAGGACACCAAAGUAUUCCUCCACUCGCACCCGGAGAAGUAUCCCCUUCGUUACGACGAUGGACGUAUUAGUUCCCAAGGCCAGCAGGUCACCGGGUACGGCCACAACGAUACGAACAACUGGUGGCAGAUCAUCCCUACCAAAGCCCUCCCCGAGACCGGGCGCGGGCGCAUAGUUCGUGGUUCGGACGUCAUCCAGCUGCUCCAUGUCAACACCGAUACCAUGCUCCUUACCCACGACGUGGCGUCUCCGCUCAUGCCAACCAACCAAGAAUUCACUACCUGGCCUAAGGACGACUACUCGCGCUACAAUGACACGCUUUUCCGUGUCGUGUUGACUACCGGCGAAGAUGGCGAUGCGUGGAAGAGCAAGAGUGGUCAGUUCAAGCUAAUACACGUCCCGACCCGUGUCGCGAUGUGGACGCAUCCCAAGCAGUUGCCCGAUUGGGCGUACAAGCAACAGGAAAUCAACGGUAACAAGAACUCGGGCGACAAGACGACUGUGUGGUAUGUGGAGGAGAUCGUAUCUUCCGCAUCUGCCGAUCCGGAGAAAGUUGCCAACGCCCAGGCUUCUGGACCCCGUCCCCCCAAGAAGGUGAACUUCUUCAAGAAGUUUGCCGAGCUGCAAAUGUUGAUGCUCCAGCACAAUGCUGGUCUGACGGCGUCCCAUCCCUACGCAAGCAACCCCAUCAAUUGGCCAUUCAUGAUCAGCGGAAUCAGUUUCUGGACUGAGGGCUCGACGCAGAAGCAGAUUUACAUGAUUGGCAACAUCGUCGGCUGGUGGACGUGCGUCGUCACGCUCUCCAUCUACGUCGGCAUCCUUGGCGCGGAUCUGCUUGCCAGGCGGCGCAACAUCGAACCCAUUCCGGAGGAGGUCCGCAACAGGCUCUGGAACACGACAGGAUUCUUCCUGCUCGUCUGGGCCGUCCACUACUUCCCCUUCUUCCUCAUGAACAGGCAGCUGUUCUUGCAUCACUAUCUGCCCUCGCACCUCGCCUCGGCCCUAGUUGCAGGCGCCGUGUUCAGCUUCAUCCUCUCUGAGACGAUCAACUACCCUAUUUCCAUCCGUGGGCCCUACACUAAGGCGAAGCCCAAGCAGUACGCCGACCUGGGUACGAAGGGCCCGGCGUUGGUCGCUGUUUUCACGCUCCUCAUGAUCAUUGCGUUUUUAUACCUCGCUCCACUAACUUACGGCACACCGGGGCUCGACGGAGAAACCGUCAACAAGAAGCGACUGUUGUCCUCCUGGACACUGCAUUUCGCUGCGAAGAAGACGGAUCACGCAAUCUAACGGCUGGCCAGAGUCGCGUUCGAGC